AUGGCCUGUGUGAAGGUGGAGCAGUGGCUAGCGGAACACUGCGGCGUGCCGCUUCAGAAAGUUUUCAAGCUGAAGACCUGGAGCUAUGCUUUUGUCACAGUGCUCCCAGAACACAAGGAGAAGUUUCGUGAAAACGUCGAAGGGCUGCUCAUGCACAAAUGCAGUGUGUCGGUAAGUGAGGGCACACCAAGGAAAAGCAAGCCAAAAAGCGACGAGCAGCCGAGUGCGAAGCGGCAGAAGGUCAAAGACUUUCCACCAGGGCAUAUCCCGACGCUCAAAGAUCUGCAGGGCAAACUGAAAAACAAAGAUCCCGGCGACAUUCUUCACAAGAGUGCCCCUCUCAUUGACUGGAGCUACGAAACGCAGCUAAGUAUGAAGGGCACCCACAUAAAGACAGCAGUUCGAUCCUUUACAAAACAGGUGGACAAGAAGUGUAAAGAUCUGAGCCUCACGGCCCCAGCCUGGACCAGCUUUGAAUGGUCCAAGGCCUGCGAGGCGCCGCUUGGUUGUGCCUGUCCACUGGAUGCAACCAUUGGGACCCCAGAAGACCACCUGGAGGGCUACAGGAACAAGUGCGAGUUCAGCAUUGGCAAGACGGAUGCUGGUGAGAUUGAGUGUGGCUUCGUUCGCCGAAUCACAGAUGAUGGCUACGGGCGCAUCGUGGCCAGCUGUGACGAUGUGCCUCUGGUUUCCAUGGCGAUGAAAAAGCUGUGCAAGGCCAUGCGUGACUGCGUGAGGGGCUCCAAAUUUGAGAUCUUCGAGCGGGGCAAGGGCUGGCAGAAGGGUUACUGGCGCAUGGUCAUGGUUCGUCAGUCUACGGCAGAUGAACUCCUGGUCAUGGUGCAGACCGCGACUCUAGACGAAGACCAAGCCCAGCGUCUUUCUGCAGAUCUCAUAACUGCAUUGACGCAGGCUGAGGUCAAGGUAGUGUCCAUCUACCUGCAAUUCAACAACGAGGUCUCAGAUGCCGCAAGGCCAGGAGCGCCAUUGAAGCUUAUCCAUGGUAGCGCUCAGCUCAGGAUGGAGCUACUGGGGCUUAGUUUCCACAUCGGCCCACUUUCCUUCUACCAGGCCAAUAGCUCCACUUGUGCUUUGCUUUACCAGCGCGCACUGGAGUGGUUGCGGCCAGAGAAAGAUGUGGCAGUUUUGGAUGUCUGCUGCGGAGUUGGCACCAUCGGACUCUGUGCCAGCCGCUGCUGCCGUAAGGUCAUCGGCAUCGAGCUGAUCCCGGAGGCAGUGGAAUCGGCAAAGGCCAACGCCGCUCUGAACAAGGUGGACAACACAGAAUGGGUGGUGGGCAAGGCCGAGGAUGUUUUGCCUGAGGUGCUCCAAGGGCUGGAUCCCAGCCUUGAGGUGUGUGCCAUUGUGGAUCCUCCCCGUCCAGGGCUGCACACUUCCGUGCUGAGGGCACUGAGGGCCUGUUCCCAGCUGUCACGAAUCGUCUACGUGAGCUGCAACCCUGACUCGCUGGUGGAGGAUGUUGUGAAGCUGACGAUGCCUUCAGAAAGCGAUGCGGAUCCCUUUGUGCCGCUGCGGGCAGUUGCGGUGGACAUGUUCCCCCACACACUUCAUUGUGAGAUGAUUCUGCUGCUGGAGCGGAAUUCGAAGGUCAAGGAUCCCAGGAAAGCAGUCCAACAAACCAGGCCGGUCUUACUCCACCACUCCGGUUAA